AUGGAUCGCAGAGUGAAAUUCCCUCAUGACUUAGUGUUUCACGACAUGGUCAAAGAUGGCGACCCUUCUGAGAUGUGCCAGUUUUUGAAACGCCCCAGCGUGGAUCCAGAACUGUUAGUAAACACAGAAGGCGGUAAAAGCAACCCGGCUUUUCAUCAGCUUGUUAAGGACGGAAACUUAAAAUGCAUUCGAAUGUUGGUCACCCUUGGAGCCGAUGUGAACAUGAAAGAUGAAGAAGGUAGUACGUCGCUUCAUCACAGCGUGCGAGCUGGUAACAUUGCUGUAACGAAGUUUCUUCUCCGAAGCGGAGCGAAUCCAGACAUAAGCAACGCCAGUGGCGAAUUCCCCGUCGAUUUAACUGACGACUUUGACUUAAUCGAGAUGUUAGUGAAGUAUUCGCCGGAGGAAAGAAGAAAGAGCUUGGCUCCUACCAAAUAA